AUCACAUUUAUCCACUUUAGUAUUGAUUGAGCAUAAAGAGCAAAGAAGCGUGUCAAAAGAAAAAUAAACCACUUUCCUCUUACCCAUCAAGCUUUAGUAUAAUAAAAAGAACUAGCUUAUAAACCUGAUAAACUUACCAUAGAAGCUCUAAAACCCACGCUCCAAAUGCCCAAAUCGAUUUGAAUAGUUUUAUGAUGGAUAUCAAGUCGACAAACUGGAGAGGGGUAAGAAAAAGCCAUUUGCUUGCGACCUUAGCUGUAUUUUUACUCCAAUAUCAUCUUCAUAUUUCUGCAACAUGUGUUGAGGCCACAAAGAAGGUGCAUAUUGUGUAUAUGGGAGAGAAGAAGCAUGAAGAUCCAGCAACUACCAGAAAGUUUCACCAUAAAAUGCUGUCAACCUUGUUAGGGAGCAAACAAGCUGCACAGCGUUCCAUUCUUUACAGCUAUAGGCAUGGCUUUUCAGGCUUUGCAGCAAGGCUGACAGAGUCUCAGGCAGUGAAAAUUGCAGACUUUCCUGGUGUCAUCCAAGUAAUUCCAAAUCGCAUUCGCAAGCUCCACACAACCAGAAGCUGGGAAUUCAUUGGGCUCAAUCAGCAUUCCUCAAAAAAUCUGUUAAUACAGAGUCAUAUGGGUGAAGGAACUAUCAUUGGUGUAAUAGAUUCAGGAAUUUGGCCAGAGUCCAAAAGUUUUAAUGAUCAAGGCAUGGGCCCUGUCCCACCUCACUGGAAAGGAAUAUGUCAAGGUGGAGAACACUUCAAUUCUUCCAACUGCAACAAAAAACUCAUUGGGGCUCGCUGGUUUAUAAAAGGAUUCAAGGAUGAGAUUCGAAAGCCUCUUAACACAAGUAAUACUAUGGAGUUUCUAUCACCACGGGAUGGAGGUGGCCACGGUACUCACACAGCUUCAAUAGCAGCGGGUUACUUUGUAGAAAAAGCAAGCUAUAGAGGACUAGCUGCAGGUAUGGCCAGAGGAGGAGCACCUCUUGCUCACUUAGCAAUAUACAAGGUUUGUUGGAGCAUUGAAGGUGGAGGAUGCACUGAUGCUGAUCUUCUAAAAGCAUUUGACAAAGCUAUACAGGAUGGAGUGGAUAUAUUGUCAGUCUCAAUUGGCAAUGAAAUUCCUUUAUUCUCUUAUGUUGAUAAGCGUGAUUCAAUUGCAAUAGGUUCCUUCCAUGCAACUGCAAAGGGGAUCCCUGUGAUCUGUUCAGCAGGAAACGAUGGCCCAACGUCACAAACAAUUGUGAACACUGCACCUUGGCUCAUCACUGUUGCCGCCACUACAAUUGACAGGGCUUUUCCAACAGCCAUUACUCUAGGAAAUAACAGCACCCUCUGGGGAAAAUCUAUGGAUGUAGGUAAACAUAAUCAUGGAUUUGCCGGCCUCACAUACUCCGAACGCAUAGCUGUGGACCCGACUGAUAAUUCAGGAGAGGACUGUCAACUUGGAAGUCUGAAUACAACAUUAGCAGCAGGGAAAAUCAUACUAUGCUUCUCAAAAUCAGAUGCACAGGAUAUAAUUUCUGCAUCUAAAUCUGUGUUCGAAGCAGGAGGGAUUGCGCUCAUAUUCGCACAAUUUCAUAAUGAUGGGCUUGACCCCUGCAAAUUAAUUCCAUGUAUCAAAGUAGAUUAUGAAAUAGGGACACAGAUACUUUCUUAUAUAAGAAAAGCAAGGUCUCCAAUUGCAAAGCUGAGUUUUCCCAAGACUGUUAUAGGCAAACAGGCAUCUCCACAAGUUGCAUCAUUCUCAUCCAGAGGACCAAGUUCAAUUUCCCCGGCAGUGCUAAAGCCUGACAUAGCUGCACCGGGGGUGGACAUCUUAGCUGCAUAUCGACCAGCCAACCAUGAAAAUGGCAAAGCAUAUGCACUGCUAUCAGGAACUUCAAUGGCUUGUCCCCACGUAGCAGGAAUUGUAGCUCUCAUAAGAUCUAUGCAUCCGAAUUGGUCUCCUGCAGCCAUAAGAUCAGCUAUUGUCACCACGGCUUCCCAAAUUGGAACAGAUGGAAUGAACAUAUUUGAGGAGGGCCGCACUCGGAAGCUAGCAGACCCAUUUGACAUAGGUGGGGGACAUGUCAAUCCAGAGAAAGCAAUGCAUCCAGGGCUUGUUUAUGACAUUAGCAUGGAAGAGUACAUCCAGUUCCUCUGCUCCAUGGGCUACAGCAUUUCAUCAAUAAGUAGCUUAACCAAGGCCAACGUAAACUGCAAGCAAAACAACCACAUGAAACUGAAUCUGAACCUCCCUUCUAUCACUAUCCCAAAUCUAGAAAGAAAAGUAACAGUGACGAGAAAGGUAACAAAUGUCGGACUGGUAAAUUCGGUGUACAGAGCAAUAGCGCAGUCUCCAUUCGGCAUAAGAAUGAGAGUAGAGCCAAAGAUUUUAAGUUUCGACUCCACCAACAACACUCUUUCCUUCAAAGUUACCUUCUUCUCAACUCAAACACUACAUGGGCAUUACAAAUUUGGGAGCUUGACGUGGACCAACGGCAAGAAUUUUGUUAGAAUUCCAAUAGCAGUGAGCAAUAUUGAAUCAUAUGCAGAUGUAUGAAGGAGCAGAAAUAUUGAAUUAUAUGCAAUAAAAAAUUCUUGCGUUUGAUAA